UUUUUUUUCCCAAGAAACAAACACCACACCCUGAAACGCCUUUAGCCCUCUCUCUUCUCUCUCCAUCUCCUCUCCCUUGCUUUGCAAUGGCUAGCGCUUCAGUUGCUGAGAUGGCCGUUAAUGGCGGAGUGGCAGGGACGAAGAAGCCAAGGAACAGUCGGAGGGCUCUGAAAGACAAGAAAACCUCUGCAGACGAAGCCAACAUCUUGGCCGGAAAGAUCUCAGAGCCUUCUCCGACGAUAUCCGUUCCGAAGCUAUCGAACGCCAAUCCGGAGAAGGAGAACCACGAAAGCCUCUCUCAGACAAGGUCGUCGCCCAAGAAAGGGAAGGCGAAGAAACAACAGUCCAAACAACAGCAGUCAUCUUUCGAGAAAGAUCUGCAAGAAAUGCAAGAGAAGCUUCAGCAAUUGAGGCUCGAGAAGGAGAAGACCGAGGAGCUUCUCAAGGAGAAAGAUGAGAUGUUGAAGCUCAAGGAGGAAGAGAUCGAAACCCGAGGCCGAGAGCAGGAGAAGCUUCAGAUGGAAUUGAAGAAGUUGCAGAAGUUGAAGGAGUUCAAACCCACAGUGACAUUUCCCAUUUUUCAGUCACUGAAAGAGAAGGAACAGGACAAGAAAGAGAAGAAGAAGGGUUGCCCUGAGAAGAAAAGGCCAUCUCCACCUUACAUCCUAUGGUGCAAAGAUCAGUGGAACGAGAUCAAAAAGGAGAAUCCAGAGGCAGAGUUCAAAGAAAUUUCGAACAUAUUGGGGGCCAAGUGGAAGAAUGUUAGCGCAGAAGAGAAAAAGCCUUACGAGGAAAAGUAUCAGGCUGAAAAGGAAGCUUAUUUGCAGGUAAUCGCGAAAGAGAAGCGAGAGACUGAAGCAAUGAAGCUCUUGGAAGAGGAGCAGAAACAGAAGACAGCCAUGGAGUUGCUAGAUCAAUACCUCCAGUUCAAACAGGAUGCUGAGAAGGAAACGAAAAAGACCAAGAAAGAAAGGGAUCCAUUGAAACCCAAGCAUCCAAUUUCAGCAUUUUUCCUGUUUACAAAUGAGAGGAGGGCAGCUCUUGCUGCUGAGAAUAAGAGUGUCCUGGAGGUUGCGAAGAUCACUGGUGAAGAGUGGAAAAAAAUGACUGAGGAACAGAAAGGGCCUUAUGAAGAGAUUGCAAGGAAAAACAAGGAAAAGUACUUGCAAGAGAUGGAGGUUUACAAACAGAUGAAGGAUGAAGAAGCAGCCAGUCUAAGAAAGGAAGAGGAAGAGCAGAAGAAACUUCAGAAGCAGGAAGCUUUACAGCUGCUCAAGAAGAAGGAGAAAACAGAGAAUAUUAUCAAGAAAACAAAAGAGGAUCGCCAGAAGAAGAAGAAGGAGAAGGGAGAGAAGAAGAUUGUUGACCCCAAUAAGCCUAAGAAGCCUGCAUCCUCAUACCUUCUAUUCAGCAAAGAAGCAAGAAAGAACUUGAUGGAGGAGAGACCAGGAAUUAACAACUCCACCCUCAAUGCACUGAUUUCAGUAAAAUGGAAGGAACUGAAUGAAGAAGAAAGAAAAGCAUGGAAUGAGAAAGCUGCAGAAGCAAUGGAGGCAUACAAGAAGGAAUUAGAGGAAUACAACAAAACUGUCGCUGCCAAGGAUAACGAGGCAGCAGAAGAAUGAUGUUCAAAAAGCUUAUUUGAACAUUCUUAACUUUAGUUGUAAUAUCGAGGCUCUCUUAUGCUAAGAUCUCCGCAGUGAAAAUUUUCUGAUUUGUACUGAAAUGACUCUGUAGCUGCUGACAUUUCCAAAUGAAAUUUAAUUUCAUCUUUUCAACUUUA